CGGCAAGACAGCAAAGACAGCAUUGCACCGGCAACGUCACGAGUCUACGGCUUGCAGUCGCCAACAGUGUCUCUUGCACUCUUCCAUCAGGCGACAAACCAUAAUUAUUGAUCGACCGAUCUUGCAUUACUGCGACCACUAGCUCCAGCGCUCCAACGCAAGCCCAGCCUUGAAUGGUCGCAACCACGCACUCAGUCCCAUCUGCCACGAAGCAGUCCAGCUUCAACCCAGUCCCCUUCACCGAGUCGCGCGAACUCGGUCAAGUCGACCCAGGCCGAGCGGAAGAUGCUGGCGAGCAGAUAACCCCGCUGCCUGCCUCUCAGGCGGGCAAACCAUCCCUGAAGGACCGGCGACCAUGGGCGCACUUUGUUGCCGGCGGUCUCGGCGGCAUGACAUCAGCGACCUUGACUUCGCCGCUGGACGUGCUCAAGACGAGGCUACAGAGUACGUUCUACCAGGAGCAAUUAGCGGCGAAUAGACGUGCGAAGGGCUUGCCGAAUCCGAGCCAAUUACCGUUCUAUAGAGCGGCGUGGAUGCAUAUCGCGGAGACGGGCCAGAUACUUGCGUCGAUACCGAGGGUUGAGGGAUGGAGAGCGUUGUUCAAAGGCUUGGAUGCGAACCUGAUAGGCGUGGUGCCUGCGCGAGCGAUCAACUUCUGGGCAUAUGGCAACGGUAAGAAGAUCAUCUCGAGUAACUUCUUCGACGGUCAGGAAACAGCAAUGGUGCAUCUGUUCGCAGCAGCGAGCGCAGGUAUCAUCACGGGCACGGCGACGAACCCCAUAUGGCUUGUCAAGACUCGACUGCAGCUCGACAAGCAGAACGCCGGUCCCGGUGGCAUGGGUCGCCAGUACAAGAAUGCCUGGGAUUGCGUGGUGCAAACUCUCCGGACCGAAGGCAUUCGCGGACUUUACCGUGGACUGAGCGCCUCUUACUUGGGUGUCAGUGAAAGCACGCUCCAAUGGGUCAUUUACGAACAAGCGAAGCGCUCAUUGGCACGCCGCGAGGUCGAUCUGCUGAAAUCUGGACGCACACCUACCGUCUGGGAUAAGACGGUCCAAUGGACUGGCCAGCUAACUGCGGCCGGCGGUGCAAAAUUCUUCGCCGCCUUGAUCACAUAUCCUCACGAAGUUGUCAGGACGCGGUUACGGCAAGCACCUGUCGAUGCAGUUGGCAAUGUAAAGUACAACGGUCUUUGGAGCUGUUUCGUCACGGUGUUCCGGGAAGAAGGAAUGGGUGCGCUGUAUGGAGGCCUGGUGCCGCAUAUGUUGCGCGUGGUACCCAGUGCUGCCAUUAUGUUUGGGGUGUAUGAAGGUGUGUUACGUGCUUUGGGCGAAUCAAGUGGCGUUUGA